AUGGCCGCUCCUGGACCGACGCCCGAGGGCGACAUGCCGCCGCCAUUGCCCGCCACCACUAUCCCCGUUCUUCCCGAUUCUGACGAUUCUGAUACACGAGUUGCUUCGUCUGAUCUGACCACUGCUCGCUCGCCACCGCUCCCGGUCCCCCACCCACUCUCCUUCGAAACACACGACCAAACGGACGCGUUUCCCGAGCUGGUCUCCGUGUUACCGAAACACCCACUGCCGAGCCCACGCAGCGGCCGGUCUUUCAGUCUGGCUCACUUAUCGGGCCCCAUCAAGCGGAAGCCGUUGUCGUCGACCGCCUCGCCCGCCGCCGUCCGCUUCUCCAAGGGCGCAGCAGCGUAUGCCGACCUCCUCGCCGACCUUCCCCGGCCCGACCAGCGGUUCGCCAGGUCGUGCUCCCUCGACAGCCCGACCCUCUACGAGUUCCCUGACCAGCGGAGCCUGCUGGCUACCGAGAGCUCGCUGAACACUGUGCUGGACUGGCCCGCGAGUCCUCCAGACACCAGCCAGCCAUCAUCUCCCGUCUCCGAUUACUUCGUUGAGCCCGCUGAACCCGCUGCCGUCCCGGCCGUCGGUGGUGCGGGAGACGCGCAGCUGCGAAACACUACGGGAAACAACCCUGCAGCAGCGACUCAGAUCUCCCACACCCUCUCCGAGGAAGAGAGUCUUAGCGCCGAGACGGCCAGUCUGACCACUCAGGGGUCAGUCCCGUACGAGCUCGACGAUCUGUACUCCAUCCCCGACUCGCCCGAGUCGUCCGGAGAGAAACGCGCCACCAUCAUUAAUACUAAUAAUCCCAAGACCAUGUCCCUGUUCGCGCGCAAGUCGCCCCCUCCGCAGUUAAUUCUUGGAUCAAACACCAGAGAUGUACCGGCGGCCACGGCAUCAGCAACGUCAUUAGACCAAAGUAAUCUUAAUAAGCCGCUGCCCAAGUCCCCGGCCUCCUCCAAACUCAGCGCCCUCUUCGGUUGGGCCACCACGCCGUCGCCCACCACCGCGACCGAGUACUCGGACAAGAACUUCUCCCCCCUCCCUUCCCCCACGUCGCCCAAGCCGACGACCGCCGUGACCGAGUCAUAUGAUACUUCGAUCAUCACGAAGAGGGACACAUACUCCAAUGUUGCAGACCCGAGUAACCCCCUACAGUAUUGUGAGGCCUAUCUUCAGACACCCGCCGAUAGCACAACGUCACUUGGCCAGCUGGAAGAGAUGGAGGACGAGCUGAAGGGCAUCAGCGUCGAACUGGCCUCGUCCAUUCGGCGCGAGAUGGACCUGGAGGAUUUGGUGGACAGACUGCAGGAGCAAAUCAACAACCCGCAAGCGCCCGGGAAACGGACCAGCGACUACUUUUCCGACUCCGGCUACAGUUCGGCCAAGUUCAGCGAGUAUGACCAUGCCAAGGAGGAGAUUUCCCAGAUUCAACGCAGGGCAGAACAGGAAAAGGCUCAAAUCCGCUUGGAGCUGACGAACAAGCUGCAAGAUGAGCGCUCGAAGCGCCGGUCGCUGGACCAACAAAUCCAGGAAUUGUCUAGAAGGGCGUCAGAGCUCGAUGUUGCACACCUCGACAGCAGCGAUGCCAACGGCCGGGUCAAAGAGCUCGAGAGCAUGUGCGAGGACCUCAGCAGGAGGUUAUCCCAGCAGAGCGAGGCCACAACCAAUCUGGAGGGCCUCCUCGACGCAUUGCAGGGCGAGCUUCAGACGGCCGCGAAUGAGCGAGACAACCUGCGCGACGAGGUCGUCCCUCAGCUGCGCGCUCGCCUCGAAGGGCUAGAAGCCGAGGCGGCUGACCAGGCGAGGCUCGCCUACGACACGUCCAAGAUGCAGCAGGAACUCGAACUGCUUAAAUCACAGAAUGCCGAGCUCGAUUCGCUCAGGGCGCAAACCGCCGAGCUGGAUUCGCUCCGAGCCCAAACCGCCGAGUUGGAUUCACUCAAAGCACAAACCGCCGAGCUGGAUUCACUCAAGUCACAGAAUGCCGAGCUACAAAUGCUCCGGUCCCAGAACGCCGAGCUGCACAUGCUCAGGUCCCAAAACGCCGAACUCAAGCAGACCGGGACCCGCAUGUCGAUGGCGCUGUCUAGGUCCGUAUCAGUCACCGGCGGCCCGCUCAGGAAGAACCGCACGCAAUCCAUCUCGCGGUCCAACAGCACAAAAGUGAUUGAACCCCGCGAUGUCCUGGCCGAGAGGCUCAAGGACGUCGAGGCACAGCGGGACGCUUUGCACAGCGCUCUCAGGAGCCUUCUCGAAAGGCAAGAGCUCCAAAACCGCGAGAGCACCAAGAGGAUACGGCAGCUCGAGAUGGAGCGCGAUCGUCUCCUCACCUCAUCGCCCAAGAAGGCUGGCUAUGAGAGGGACGUAUCGAACCUCCGCGAGGAAAUCAGCGUGCUGCGCCGGCGCGCCGAAGAGGCCAUCGAGCAGAAGUGGCAGGUCGAGAAGGGCCUUGCGGGGCUCAAGAUGGACCUGGACCGGGCCGAGGGCGAGAUCGCAUCUCUCCGGAGCCUCCUCCAGGAGAAGGACAUCCUCAUCCCCGAGGCUCUCGCCCGGCCAGGCAGCAGUCACAGCCAGUCCGACUUGCCCGUCAGCUCACACUCCCUUGAGCAAGCGUACGAGGACUUGCAAGCCGCAUACAUGGAUGCGCUCGAGCGUAUCAAGGCCCUCGAAGAGAAUGCGCGGCCGGACGAGAGGACGCAGCUCGCCAUUCAGCGGCUUGAGCAAUCCCUCUCGGCUGCCAUCUCGGACCGCGACCACGCCCGCAACGAGGCCGCUUCCUACCGUGACCAAGUCGAAACACUCCAAACCCUCGAGAAGGAACACCUCGACACCGAGAGCGACCUCGCCGCGCAGCUCCACGAGUAUGCCCGCCGCGUCGAGGAACUGGCCCAGCAAGUCCGCAUCCAGCUCGAAGCCAACACAUCUCUGCGCACCCGCCUCGCCGGCACCAUCGCGCGCGGCGACGCCGAGCAGCGCGUCAGCACGGAGCGCAUCUCGGGCAUGCAAUCCCGCCUGCGCACCCUCGAGGAGCAGGUCGUGGCCGCCCAGACGGGCGCCGAAGAGCGCGUCACCCGCCACGAGGAGGAGCUCGCCGCCCUCCGCGACGCCCACAGCACCCAGCUCCACCGCCUGCGCAACGCGACCGGCGCUGCCGGCGGGCCCCGCCGCGGCAGCGGCCAGGGCCAGCGCGUCUUCCCGCCCAAGUCCCCGCUCUCCCCCAUGUUCAGCCUGCGCACCGCGCCCGCCGCGCGCACAGCACCCAACCCCGCCUUCCUCAACGUCGACGACGCCGCCAACCCCCACCAAACCCACCCGGGACGUCCCGGCGUGCGGCGUUCCGCAACAGAACCCGUGGACAUGGACAUGACGGCGCAGAUGAACACGCUCAAGGGCCGCGUGGCCGAGCUCGAGGGCGCGCUGGCGUCGGCCGACGCCGAGAUGCAGGAGGUGGUCGGGCGCAUGAACACGGCGCAGAUCGAGGUGCUGCAGCUGCAGGAGCGGCGCGAGGAGGCGGUGCGCGAGACGAGGCGGCUGCAGCGCGUGCUGGAGGAGGAGCGGGUGCGCGUGUUUGAGGGGCGGUUUCGGAGUUUGGUGACGGAGGUUCGGUGAUUGCUUUUUUCUGAAGGGUGUGUGUGAGUGAUGAUGGGGGGUGUGAUGGGUGUGGGUGUGUGAGGAUGUGUGAGUGAGGAUGUGCAUUGGGCGGUGUU